CCAAUUCCUUUGCCAGCGUCAGUGAGCCAUCGGCAGCGCUCACGAAUCAUCCACGCUCUUGUCGUCAUCCAUCUACCUUACCUUGCACUCAACUCUGCGCCACGCCUGGCUCGCCUCGCGCGUUUUAGAGUAGCGGGCCUGCACCCAGCCCCUAUUCGCUCGAGCCCUACGUGCGCAAACGAAUCGACGGAGAGAUGUCAUCGUAGCUGCACUCGGAGCCGUCAUUUCGAUCUAGAGCAAGCAUCAUCAUCAUCAUCGACAGCACGUGCAGCACCCUACGCAUGGCCCGCGUGGCCUCCUUGGCAGGCGCGAUCGCCAUCGCCCUCUUCGCAGGCCUCGUAGCCGGUCAAACCCCGGUUGCAACAUCACCUGGCGCUCGCUGGGGUCAAUCAUCCGCCUUAGUCGUCUCACAUUUCCUCGUAUAUGGCGGCAAGACGGGCAGUGGCUACUCUUAUACGUCUGGUCCCAACAGCGCAGACCUCUUCAGCCUCGACCUCAGCCAGCCCUUUACCGUUUCCUCGCCCCCUUGGACCAGCAUAUCGCCAAUUGCCGAUGACAAUAGCAAUGGCACCACCGUCGCCCCUCCCACUGUCGCCUUUGCGUCUCUCGCUCCCCUCACACAUCGCCAGGUCCUCCUCUUCGGCGGAGAUGGCGGCUCUACUGUCGCCCUGCCAAGCGGCAACGACUCGGUCUACACCUUGCAGCUCGUCGGCAACAGCUCCGUCACCUGGUCCCAGCCGCAGCUUGCCAGGCAACCUAUGCGUAGAAUCUACCAGAGCGCGGAGAGUGACGGGAAUGGUGGCGUGUGGGUGGUAGGAGGGCAAAAGGCGGAUGGGUCGGGAAUCUACCUGGCAGAGGCAUGGUCGUACAACUCCUCAUCGGAUGGAGCGCAGACGUUCAGCGCUCUUGCCGCUCCCCCCGCUUCUCUAGCUGGAGCCACCACGACAUUACUCAGCGAUGGCUCUCUCCUCCUUCUCGGCGGUCAGGACGCCAACACCACGCUGCAGAGCUUCUCGAGUGUGGCUGCAUUCGACACCAAGACGAAACAGUGGGUGACACAAGUCACGACUGGGGCUAGCAUGCCUGCACCACGUCGAGAUCACAUCGCCGUAAGCCUGCCUGACCGCCGGGUCUUCAUUCAUGGCGGAGCAAGCGAUGCGGGCCUGACCGAAGCGCUGAGUGACGCAUGGAUCCUCGACUGGUCCAUAGACCCACCGGUGUGGUCGCGUGUCGAUGACGGCAGCUCGAGUAGCGGCCCCGGCGCUCGCUUUGGACAUUCUGCUGUCGCAUACGGCAGGAACAUCGCCAUCACCUGCGGCUGGAGCGGCGGCAAUGCAGCGCAGCAGGGAUUGUACAUUUUCGAUGGCACUUCGCUAAGAUCGAGUGGAAAGGGGACGUGGACCGGCGGCAGUUGGGCUCAAUCGUACAGCGUAGAUCCCAAAAUUUCGGCGUCAUCUUCGCCGACCUCUUCCUCAGGAUCCUCAACGUCGUCGUCUGGGGCAAACAACAGCGGAGGAAACGGCGCGAGCACGUCGUCGGGUGGGUCUUCCUCAUCCAAUGGCUCCUCAUCCUCAGACGCUGGCUCGAGCACAGACGGCUCUUCUCCCUCGUCGUCAUCCGAACCCUCCCCCUUCCAGCCUGGCUCGACGGGCAGCAACGCGAGUCCAGGAUCAGCGGAUGGCACUUCGAAGGCAACCAAGGCCGGAGCAGCCAUUGGCGCCCUCGUGGGAUGCGGUCUCGUAGUCGCCGCAGGCUACUUCCUCUAUCAGCGCCAUCAAGACGUCAAGUACCGCAGCGUCUACGGCGGGCAAGGCGGGGCGGGCCUUCUCGCUGGCGGUGCAGCGAUGGGCGGGCGAGACGAGGAGGAGGGUGGGGACACAUUCACAGAGAAGAUACCUGGCGGCGCAGGCGGCGGUUGGUAUCCCUUUGCUGCUCCAGCUCGCCCCGCAGGCCCUCGUGCCAUGCGUGAUCAGCCCGACGAGCACGGCAAUCCUGCUUGGACGGCAGGGAAUGUAGGCAGCACAAACCACGCAAAGGAAGGGUCAGGACCGCACAUGCGACAACGCCUCGCAUUGCUGACUGGUUUGACAUCGUGGGGCGCUGCACCUCACGGCCAGACGCGCUUCGAUAUGCUGGCUGAUGAGGAGGACGGGAUGGAACGUGACCCAUACUCUAUAAGGGAGGAAGCCGAUCAACAUUACGGCGACGUAGGCAGGGGAAGCUACGAUGAUGAGCUCGACGGUGACUACGCCGUCUCUCCCUUUGAGGAUCGCGAGACACCCACAGCUUCCUCACAGAACUCGCACAAUACCUCUGGCGCCUCCAACACGCCCGGGUACACCUCUUCUUCACAGACGCACUCCUCGCGCUCUACCGCUCCUCUCACGUCAUUUUCUGAUGCUCGACAGCCAGGCAGUGCGCUCAGCCGCGGCAGCUCAAUGCUGAGCGGUCUGGGCGGCUCCAAUCCAGCCUGGGGCCCGCUAGGACCCGGAAUCAGCGACACCUCGGGGUCGAUGAUGCGACGUUCCCCGACCUGGUGGUCCCGCUUCAUGGGAAACCUGGAGCGCUCAGCCUCAGGCAGGACACUCGUGGCUCCUGGAGCUGGCGAGCCCAUUCGUGAUCCCGCAAGACCACCCAGCGAUAUCGGACUGAGCGUUAUUCGCGAGUCGCCCCGCUCUGCUGAACCGAGCGAGGAGGAUCCCUCCAACCCCUUUGCACACCCUGCGGAUGGCCUGGCAUUGGCGAAUGGACAGCAGCAGAGCAACCAGUCAUUGACGUCACUGCAGAGCUCAGUGGGCUCGUCGCACCUCGAGCAGAGAUUGCAGGGGAUGGACGUAAUUCAGCGUACGCGCACGGGCAGCAGUAGGCGGACGCAGAGUACCAAGAGCUCACUGUCUAGCAGCUCGUGGGGCAGGCACCAGAGGAGGAGAGGUGGGAGACCAUCAGAGCAGGGAUCGCUGGGUGGGGCGAGUCGCAUGGGUUCGGUCUCGGAAGAGGCGGUCAUGCGUGAUGAGGGUGGGGAGGAGAUGGUACAGGAGGAGCCAGAGGAGGAAACUCCAGGGGAGGUCAUCUGGGGUGGACCUUCAGACUGGCAGCACGGCGAUGGCAGCACGCCUCUUCCCGCGAGCGACUCGACGGCAUGGCUCCUCACCCCUGCGAGUUCCAACGCGGACUCAUCACCUCGCCCAGACAGCGACGAGCACGACGUCACCCUGAACCCGGCCGACACAUCGAUGGACAUUGUUGCGCAGCUGGACGAAGCGCAUGAUCACGCUUUGCGCGCCACGGCAGCACCGCGUCGUAACGCCAACGCCUCGGACGUGCCGUCCAUCACCCCCGCCACGACGAAGCGUGCACGCGCCAAUUCCGAGCUCACCAGCCCCGUACGCAAAGCCGUCAAGGCUAGCCCGAACAUGCAUCUCAAUGAGUUUGGGGCCGGCAAGGUGCGCGACCGUGUCAAGGCGAUUGAGGCUGCCCGCGCAAAGGGAGAGCAGCCUGCCCCAUCACCGACAACUGACACGGCGCUGCAGCCACCCCCACCCGCGGCGAGGAGGAAGACGACGUCGAAGAAGCAGCAAGGGGAGCGCAGUCAUGGGCUGGUGCCGAGGGGCCAGCUGUUUGUGGCAAACCCAGAUGACGAGGCGUAAAGCGAGCGCACAGGCGCAAUCAGACCACAGCAUGGACACUCGACAAGACGUACACGACUCGUACUUUCCACUCCCCCCUGGACUCGUUCUCUCUCAUGUAUCACACCCGAACCCUCCACCCCGUACUUGCAGGGCUGCAGGCAUGCCUCGCCCCUACUCUCGCUUCGUGUCCAUCCUCUCUCGAGUUUUGAUGCCUUCGACUUCUGCUAUCUAUCUCAGUCAUCUUUGUGCCUCACGGAGGGCCAUUUCUCGCAAUGUCACAUCUUGAAUCAUCG